CUUUCUUUCCUUCUUUUUUUUUCUUUUUCUUUUAUCUUGUUCCUCCCCUCUCUCUUUUUCUUAUAUUAUGCUGUUAACUAUUUCAAAACCCAAUGUCUUACGGUCUACUAUGAAAUGGACUCCUUUUGGACGUCGCUUUUAUGCUAGUGAUGCAAAGGACACUCAAAAUCUUAUUGAAAAGAUCGUUCAAAAGUAUGCUUUGGAUUUACCUGCUGGGAAACUUGUGAAAAGUGGUGAUUAUGUAUCUAUUCGACCUCACCAUGUUUUGACUCAUGAUAAUACUGGGGCCGUCAUACCAAAGUUUAGGUCUAUUGGUGCUACCAAGAUAUACAAUCCUCGUCAACCAGUUUAUGCUUUGGAUCAUGAUGUACAAAACAAGUCAGAAAAGAAUCUUGCCAAAUAUGCCAAUAUUGAAAAGUUCGCGAAGGAACAAGGUGUUGACUUUUAUCCUGCUGGACGUGGUAUUGGACAUCAAGUGAUGAUUGAAGAAGGAUAUGCUUUUCCAAAUACAUUGACAGUAGCUUCUGAUUCUCAUUCCAACAUGUAUGGUGGUAUUGGUGCUUUGGGUACACCUAUUGUACGAACAGAUGCGGCAGCUAUUUGGGCCACUGGACAAACUUGGUGGCAAAUCCCUCCCGUGGUUAAGGUAGAAUUAAAGAAUCAUUUACCAGCUGGUGUGACAGGCAAGGAUGUGAUUGUGACCUUAUGUGGCCUCUUCAAUAAGGAUCAAGUACUGAAUACAGCCAUUGAAUUCCAUAUGGAUCAAGAAGAUGCAUUAUCUAUUGAAGAUCGAUUAGCUAUUUCUAAUAUGACAACCGAAUGGGGUGCUCUAGCUGGUGUAUUCUCUGUUGAUCGUUUGACCAUUGACUACCUUCGUAAACGUAUGGCAAGAUUAGAACUCUCUGCAUUCAACAAUAAUAAGAAGGAUUUCAAACAUCCUCGCAUCAACAAUGAUACCAUUCAAGCUCUUUUGGAUAAUCCUCUGUUCCCUGCCAAGAAUGCCACUUAUGCAAAAACUCUAACAUUGGAUCUUGCUACAUUGUCUCCUCAUGUGUCUGGUCCUAACUCGGUCAAGAUCGCUACUCCUCUAGUCGAAUUGGAAACUCAAAAUAUCAAAAUUGAUAAGGCUUAUCUGGUUUCUUGUGUCAAUUCUCGUGCUGGUGAUCUUAGACAAGCUGCUGCCGUCAUGAAAGGAAACAAAGUCAAGGAUGGUGUGGAAUUCUAUGUUGCUGCUGCUAGUUCUGAAGUGCAAAAGGAAGUACAGGAAUCUGGUGAUUGGGAUAUCUUGAUUGAAGCUGGCGCCAAAGUGUUACCUGCUGGAUGUGGUCCUUGUGUUGGUCUUGGUACUGGAUUACUUAAAGAUGGUGAAAUUGGAAUUUCUGCUACUAAUCGAAACUUUAAGGGUCGUAUGGGUUCUCCUUCAGCUUUGGCAUAUCUCGCAUCUCCUGCUGUGGUGGCAGCAUCUGCUGUGGCUGGUAAAAUUGCCUCACCUAAUUCGAUUGGCAAGGAUGUAUUGACAACAAGUCCACCUAAAUUCAGUAUUGAAGAUCAUACAGAAAAUAAGGAAGAAGAUACAAGUAGUGCAGAGGUGCUUCCCAAGUUUCCGUCUGUGAUCCGUGGUGAAUUACUGUUCUGCCCUGCCGACAAUUUGAAUACAGAUGGGAUCUAUCCUGGCAAGUACACGUACAAUGAUGAUAUGACUCUGGACGACAUGAAAAAAGUGGUGAUGGAGAAUUAUGAUCCUGACUUUGUGAAUGUGGUGCAAAAAGGAGAUGUGUUAGUAGGCGGCUUCAACUUUGGUACUGGAUCCUCGCGUGAACAAGCUGCUACUGCCAUCAAGUCGCGUGAUAUUUCUAUCAUGAUCGCUGGUUCGUAUUCGGAUAUCUUUAAACGCAACUCUAUCAACAAUGCUCUGCUACUGAUCGAAUCACCUGAAUUGGUCCAUGAUCUUAAACAACAAGUCGGGACUGAUCAAUUGACAAAACGCACAGGUUGGCAAGUUGAAAUCCAUGUGGCUCAAGGCAAGGUCAAUGUCAAAAAGCAAGAUGGUUCCCAAACUUCAUACAAGGUUGGUGCUCUUGGUAAGAGUGUCCAAGAAAUCUGGUUGGAUAAUGGAUUGGAAGGCUGGGUCAAACAACGCUUGUAGAUGAUUAGAUAUAUGUAUAUAUAAUGAUGAAUGAUUUAUUAGAGUCAUUAUGUUUAUUAUCAGCUAGUGUAUUAUGGUGAUUUUAGAAUAAAGAUGAAUCAAAUAGAUAGGAUAGUAUUGUUAAUCAUAUAAGAAAUGAAAUGGAUAAAUAGGCGUAAAUGAUGAUGAAUAGGAUGAGAUAUUAGCUAGUGAUAGGUUACGACUGGUAUGGAUGGACAAAUAAGCUUGACAGAUGUAUCAUGAUGAACACAAAUGAUGGAUGGACGUGAUAUGUAGAUUGAAGCAAAAGGACGGUAGAUAAAUAUGAUGAUAAAAGAUAACUGAUCAGUUAGGAUGAUGGAAUUUGUUGGGAUAGAUUGGAAUAACGAUGAACACGAGAUGCGAGAUGAGGAUAACGCUAUGAACGAAAUUGAUAGAUGAUGGAUAGGUAGAAUAUAUCAAAAUCAUCAUAUUUCAAAUAGUAAAAAUGAU